UGCGCCCGCCCCCGCCCUGGCCCCCAGUGCCCACCCGGUCGGCCCGGCACAGCCAUGAUCAAGGCGAUCCUAAUCGUCAACAACCACGGGAAGCCGCGGCUCUCCAAGUUCUACCAACCCUACAGUGAAGAUACACAACAGCAAAUCAUCAGGGAGACUUUCCAUUUGGUAUCUAAGAGAGAUGAAAAUGUUUGUAAUUUCCUAGAAGGAGGAUUAUUAAUUGGAGGAUCUGACAACAAACUGAUUUAUAGACAUUACGCAACGUUAUAUUUUGUCUUCUGUGUGGAUUCCUCAGAAAGUGAACUUGGCAUUUUAGAUCUAAUUCAAGUAUUUGUGGAAACAUUAGACAAAUGUUUUGAAAAUGUCUGUGAACUGGAUUUGAUUUUCCAUGUAGACAAGGUUCACAAUAUUCUUGCAGAAAUGGAUGGGGGAAUGGUAUUGGAGACAAACAUGAAUGAGAUUGUUACACAAAUUGAUGCACAAAAUAAGCUGGAAAAAUCUGAGGCUGGCCUAGCGGGAGCUCCAGCCCGUGCUGUGUCAGCUGUAAAGAAUAUGAAUCUUCCUGAGAUCCCAAGAAAUAUUAACAUUGGUGACAUCAGUAUAAAAGUGCCAAACCUGCCCUCUUUUAAAUAAAAA